UUCUCGAGCCUUACAAAGGCUAGCUGGGCCGAUAAGUUCCCAGUUACGCAAGGACUAAGGAGUAAAGGUACAUAUAGAAGUCAAUCGACGGGGGAUCUGUUUGUUGGGAAUGGCGACGACAGCAAGAGGAGUAGGAGACUCAAACCCAGACGACGACGACGAACUCAACUCUUUACUUUCCCAGCAACACCACGAACUCAUGGCUGCCCAUUCCCUCGAGUCCGACCUCGACUUUGCCUUCCAUCUCCAACUCCAAGAAGCCCUCUCCGCUUCCCUUUCUCUCCACACUUCCCAACCCCCACCACCCCCACCACCGCCGCCACAACCCCCCGUCCAAAACGACACCGUCUUCUCCUUAACGUCUCAAAUGCUCUCCAAACUCCAACAAGAAUCACUUGAUCACAAGCGCUGCCUCCUCGAAACCCAGAAACUCAAGGACGACCUCAAGCGUCGGGUCCACGACGAGAAAUUCGCCCGCCGGAUUGCCGACAUGCCCGAAGAACUUUGGGAGGAUUGGGGCGAUUGCUUCGAACGUCCCUUCGGUGAAGGGUGUUCUAAAGAACUUUGUUGGGAUGAAACUGACAGCGAAAUCGACUCCAUUGAUGGUGUUUCUGACAAUGAAUAUGAUUUUCGUAUUUAUUUUAAGGGAUUGAUUAGUGAAGAAAAGGUCAAAGACAAGGCAUCCAACUACGCGGGGAUUGGAGUUGCGAUUUGUGAUUUUAGGGAUAAUUUGAUUUUGGAAAUUACAAAGCCUUUAGUUGGUGUUGGGUUGAGCAAACAAGCGGCUGAGCUUAAGGCGUUGAUCGAAGGGCUUAACGCUGCUUUGUCUUUGGAGCUUAAUAGGAUUGAAUUCUGCUGUGAUUAUUACCCCAUUUAUCAAUACAUUACUAGGAGAUGGCCACCAAAGCAGAGGAAGAUUUCAAUGUUAGUGAAUCAAGUAUUACUUCUUCAAAGAAAGUUUACCGAUUGCCGCCCCAUACUCAUGGCACGUAAUGAUAUUAAAUAUGCCUUUAAGCUUGCAAGGGAAGCAAUAGUAUCUCAGGUCACUCAGCCUGUAGAGCAAAAUGAAAGCAAGAGUGUGAAAGAGACUUGUGUUAUCUGCUUAGAAGAUACUGAUUCUGGGAGCAUGUUUUCAGUUGAUGGAUGCAUGCAUCGAUACUGCUUUUCUUGUAUGAAACAGCAUGUGGAGGUGAAGUUGCUACAUGGAAUGGUGCCCAAAUGUCCUCAUGAGGGUUGCAAGUCCGAGCUUAUUGUUGACAGCUGUAGAAAAUUUUUGACCCCUAAAAUGAUUGAGACAUUGAAACAAAGAAUGAAGGAGGCGUCAAUUCCUGUGACAGAGAGAGUUUAUUGCCCAUAUCCUAGGUGCUCGACCUUAAUGUCAAGAAGUGAGGCUUUAGAAUAUUCUAAGGAUGCACUUGUCGGAGCUGAAAGAUCUGGUGCCAGGAAAUGCCUGAAGUGCCAUGCCCUUUUCUGUAUCAACUGCAAGGUUCCUUGGCACAGUGACACGACAUGUCAAGAUUACAAAAGAAAGAAUCCCCUUCCUCCAGUAGAAGAUCUUAAGCUGAAGUCACUUGCAAGAAUGAAUUUGUGGCGCCAGUGUGUGAAGUGCAACCAAAUUAUAGAACUUUCUGAGGGUUGCUACCACAUGACUUGCAGAUGCGGAUAUGAGUUUUGCUAUAAUUGUGGGGCUGAGUGGAAGAACAAAAAGGCAACUUGUUCUUGCCCGCUUUGGGAGGAGGAUUUGAUUUGGAAUGAAAACAGAGACACAGACGAAGAGGAGAUGGAUGAAGACUCUGACUAUGAUGAUGAUUGGUUUGUCUUCUGAGGACUCUAACCCAAUUAUCCCAUCUCUGUGGCCAAUUCCAAAACUUGGUGACCAUUUUCAUAUGUUUAUAGAAGUGUUUUUGCAUAUACAUUGUUUUUAUCCGGGCUUCUGAUCCGUUUGGAAGAAUAGUGAAAUGCAUCAGUUUUCCUUUAAAAGAAA